UUACCAACUUACAGGUAUUGGCCAAUUGCCAUCUAUCGUCUCAGUCGCACAACUGCUAUGUCGAAAAACUGUGGCUGGUAAACACAGCUUUUCGUCGAUUUUUAGUAAAAAAAAAUUGUCAACCAUAAAAAGAGUCAUUAGAUUUCAAAAGCGGUCAAAUAUUAGUAGUCGUAGUAUUAGAAUCUGAAUCUGUUAUCGUAAAAUGCCUGCGGUGCGAAAAUAUCGACGCGAAACAAGUGAAAUCAGUUGCUGCCUCAAAUACUUGCUCUUCACCAGCAAUGUACUCAUCUGGAUGGCAGCGCUUCUUGUCCUCGCUAUUGGCAUUUGGGCCUGGACCGAGAAGGAUAUGUUCCGCAACAUUAGCAAACUUACAUUCAUUGCUUUGGAUCCCGCCUUCGUACUCAUCAUAUUGGGCACCAUCACAUUUAUGCUCGGCUUUAUGGGCAGUGUGGGAGCGUUGCGUGAAAAUACUUGUCUUCUGGGAGCUUAUGCCAUAUUUUUGAGCGUGCUGCUGCUCAGCGAAAUUGGCUUCUGUGGCCUGGCAUUUGUGCUCAAGGACAAAGGCUGGAUUAAAGAUCAGGCCACGGAGGGAUUGCGCGCCUUUAUCAAACAUUAUCGCGAGGAUCCCGAUCAACAGAACUUAAUUGAUUGGAUUCAAGAGGAUUGGCUGCAAUGCUGUGGCAUUGAUGGGCCCAAGGACUGGGAUAGCAACAACUAUUUUAAUUGUUCGUCCAUUGCUAUUGGCAGUCGAGAGGCCUGCGGUGUGCCCUUCUCCUGCUGUCGCCGUCGACCGCAGGAGGUGAUUAAGAACAAGCAAUGUGGUUACGAUGUACGCAAGGAAGGCUACCCUGUGGAUAGGAAUAUUCAUGAGCGUGGAUGUUUACGCGCUGGCGAGGAUUGGCUAGAAACGCAUUUAAUAGGCGUCGCAGCCUCGUGCGUUGCCCUGCUCAUUAUGCAGAAUGGAGAGUUGUCGAAGAUCAUUUAUGAAAAAGGCUGCGUUCAGGCUGGCGAAGAGUGGAUCGAGCAUAAUUUAAUUAUAAUUUCAACGGCCGCCAUUGGUGUUAUGUUUUUCCAGAUCCUCGGCAUUUGUUUUGCGCAGAAUUUACGUGCCGAUAUCUAUACGCAAAAAUCGAAAUGGCACUGACAAAUGGCUCACGCUGCCCCCACAGCACUUUAGAAAGAGUUAUUAAAGUAAUUAGUGAUUUAACGCGCUGGAGAAUUGAGAUAAGGUAAGAAGAACACCAGCAACAAUAGAACAACAACUAGAACAACUAUAACAAUGGAUCUACGCUUCGGUUAGUACACUAUACACUAUAUACUAUACACUAUAAAUACCUAAACUAAAUGUGUGUCUACUAAAAGAAAAAAACAAACGAAAUAACGCAUUCCGUCUCCAUGGACAUUGACUAAAAACUAUUCACUAGGUUGCCAAAUUUUUUUGCUGUUUUACGUAGGCUUCUCUUUAAAUCUAAAACAAAAUCAAACAAAGACGAGGAAAAAAGAAAACGACAAUUUGCAUACAUUUUCUAUACAUUUUUACACAACGUGAAAACAAAAUGAUGGAGAAGAAAAUAACAAAAAAAAAGAGGAAAAAUAUUACUCGAAAUGCAGCUGUGAUAUAUUUUUAAUGAAUGUAUAGAAAUGAGACAAACCAAAAUGCAUAUGCAAAUAAAUUUUCACACACAAUAAAUAAAAGUAAAUUCAAAGAAACACAAAAUCA